AUGGCAACAACAACAGAAGCAAACGUAAACGGCGAGGUUAUUCCGGUGGUUGAAAAGCUCGGCGAUCUCUCAGUAUCAGAGCAAGAAGUCGCCACUUCCUCAACACCAAGCAGCGCAAGUGAGCCUAGUACGCCAGGAACACCAGAGACCUCAGUCAGCUCUCAACCCCAGUACAACUUCGUCCCCUUUGAGCCACACCCGGGAUACCCCAAGUCUCGCAUCGAUAUCGUCAACAGGUUCAUUGACCAGCCACGAGAACUCCGCGUUGCUGUUAUCGGUGGUGGUCUCUCUGGCAUUCUUGCUGGUGUUCUGCUGCCGGCCAAGGUCCCCAACAUCAAGCUCACAAUCUAUGAGAAGAACCACGACUUUGGAGGUACAUGGCUCGAGAAUGUCUACCCGGGAGUGAGAUGUGACAUCCCCUCUCACGUCUACCAGUCCACCUUUGAGCCCAAGGUCGACUGGAGCGACCAGUUUGCUGGCGGUGCUGAGAUUCGUGACUACUGGCAAGGCGUAGCAAAGAAGCACAAUGUCUACCAAUACGCACGCUUCCACACCAAAGUUGAGGGCCUCAACUGGAACGACUCCGAGUCCGUUUGGGAGAUAACCAUCAAGAAUCUUCAGACCGGCGAGACAACCACCGAGAAGGCCGAGAGCGUCAUCACUGCCAUUGGCCGUUUCAACGCCUGGAAGCUUCCCGAUUACCCCGGUAUCACCGAAUACAAGGGCGUUCUGCGCCAUGCUUCACACUGGGACCCGUCCUUCGACCCAUCCGGCAAGGCCGUAGCCGUCAUCGGCAACGGCGCCAGCGGCAUCCAGCUUGUCGCCAACCUCCAGCCUUCUGUCGCGCGUCUGGACCAUUAUGCCCGCAACCCGACCUGGAUCGCUGCCUCCUGGGCGGGGGAUGUCCGUCAAGCAGGCCCCCAGCCCUACUCAGACGAGCAAAUCGUCCUCUUCAAAUCCAACCCCGACGCCUACCUCGCGUUCCGCAAAGAUAUGGAAGACAAGUACUGGCGGCGCUUCAACGCCUUUUUCCGGGGCAGCAAAGACAGUACCGAGCUGCGGGAGCGUUUCACGCAAAUCAUGCACGAGCGUUUGGCGAGAAAGCCCGAGCUAAUCGAGCACAUCGUGCCCGACUUUUCGCCCAAUUGCCGCCGUCUUACGCCCGGCCCCGGUUACUUGGAAGCCAUCUCGGAGCCUAACGUGGAAUACAUCCGCACGCGCAUCCGUCGCUUCACUGAAACCGGCAUCGAAACCGAGGACGGCACCCACAGAGAUGUAGACGCAAUCUUCUGCGCCACAGGCGCCAACGUGUCGCAGGUUAUCCCCUUCCCCGUCGUCAACGGCCAAGGUCAAAACCUCCAGGACGUGUGGAAUCCCGAACUCAAAGGCAAGAGCGACGAACACCACGGGUUCCCCUACACCUACCUCGGCGUGGCCACCCCGGGAUUUUCGAACCUGUUCUUCCUGCAAGGACCACAUGGCACAGGACCAAGCGGGACUGUCCCGCACAGCGCCGAGACGCAACUUACUUUGUUGGCCAAGAUCCUGCGCAAGGUGGGACGGGAGGGUAUCAAGAGCAUUGUUCCGUCGAGAAAAGCAGCGGAUGACUUUGUCGAGUACUCGGACGCAUUCUUUUCCAGCACGGUGUUGACAGAUAACUGCAGUUCUUGGUAUAACGGCGGGAGACCGGGCGCCAGGAUUCACGGGAUUUGGCCCGGGAGUGCGGGGCAUUUGACGGUCGUGAGGCAGAAUCCUAGGUGGGAGGAUUGGGAGUAUGAGUAUCUUUGUGAUAAUAGGUUUCAGUGGUAUUUGGGUAACGGCUGGACGAGCAGGGAGGCGGACCCGGAGUCGGAUAUGACGCCGUAUUUGAGGAGGCCGAAUGAGAAGGUGGAGUUGAGGGAUGUGCAUGAGAGUUGGUGGAAUUUGCCAUGA